ACCACAACUUGGGGCUGAAUUCCUCCCUCACAGUCACAGUAUUCACACACUCUCUCUCUCUCUCUCUCAGGCCUUCCACCCGUUUUGAGUAUCCAAAGUGGUUAGUCUCCCAAAUUGAGUCUCUUCUCAUUCUGUUUUUGAAGAAACAGAGCUCUCUGUUUCCUCUCUGUUCUCAGCUUCUUACUUAACGCUUUUGGGUCUAACCAGCAGCUUUCAAUCAACACCUUAAUCUCUUUCUUUUUUUCUUUUUUUUUUUUUCCUAAAGUGGUGAGUUUGAUUGAAGAAAUAGACAAGAUGAAGAAUCAGAAUGGGGCGGUCUCCGACAACAAGUCGGAUAUUAAUAUGGCGAUAACGGUGGAGGUGGCGGGGUCGUCGUUGUUCACGACGGCGGCGCAACAAGCACCACUGGCGGCCCGUCGUUACAUCACCAUUUCUCGGAAGAAGCUACUCCAUAGCCUUGAUAUCGAAGGUGGAGUGAGACUCAACGCGUGGAUCGACUCUAUGAGGGCUUCCUCACCAACCCAUCUCAAAUCCUCACCUCUUCUCUCUCAAGACCAAAGCUCUUGGAUUAAUCAGCACCCAUCAGCUCUGGAAAUGUUCGAGCAGAUAACAAAAGCAUCAAAGGGGAAGCAAAUAGUGAUGUUUCUCGACUACGACGGAACCCUUUCCCCGAUCGUCGACGACCCAGAUCGAGCUUUCAUGUCUGACGCUAUGAGAGCAACGGUGAGAAAACUUGCUAGACAUUUUCCUACUGCUAUUGUGAGUGGGAGGUGUAGAGAUAAGGUGUACAGCUUUGUUCGAUUAGCAGAAUUGUACUAUGCUGGAAGCCAUGGAAUGGACAUUAAAGGGCCAUCCAAAGGUUCCAUUUACAAGAAUGGUACUGAUCAUCAGGCUGUUCUCUUCCAACCAGCUAGUGAAUUUGUUCCGAUGAUAGACGAGGUUUACAAAUCAUUGUUGGAGAAAACUAAAUUUACUCCCGGUGCUAAGGUGGAACAUAACAAAUUUUGCCUCUCUGUCCAUUUUCGCUGCGUUGAUGAAAAGAAAUGGAGCGAGCUGGCGCUACUGGUGAGGGCAGUAUUAAAGGAGUACCCAAAGCUUCGACUGACUCAAGGAAGAAAGGUAUUAGAGAUCCGUCCUACGAUUAAAUGGGACAAAGGGAAGGCCCUUGAAUUUUUGUUGGAGUCUCUUGGGUUUGCUAAUUCUGCUGACAUUUUUCCUGUUUACAUCGGAGACGAUCGAACAGAUGAAGAUGCAUUCAAGGUUUUAAGAGAGAGAGGACAAGGCUUUGGCAUUCUUGUUUCCAAGAUUCCCAAGGAGACAAGUGCAUCUUAUUCUUUACAAGAGCCAUCCGAGGUUAUGAAUUUUUUGCAGCGAUUGGUACAAUGGAAAAGGAAGUCGUUGCGACAAAAAUUCAGGCUAAGAAGACGACUUCAAGAAACGAAAGUAUCACUUCCCAAUUGAAAAAUGUCCGAGGGCGGGAUGAUAAUUUGUAUUUUCUUGUUUAAGGGAAAAAAAUGAAAGAGCAAGGAAUCAGAAAUAUAGUUUAAAAAAAAAUGGGUUUUCUCUUGGCUUUAAGACCUUGAAAGUCUUGUUGGUAUCUAGAUAACUACAAGAACAACAAAACCCUUUGUAACUUGGCAAGUACUAAGUCUAAAUUGCAAUAAACUCUCUCUCUCUC